UCUUAAAUACAUGUUGUUCAUGUAUAAUCCUUUCACAUGAUUGGACGGCUCAUUGGAAUGACGCAGUGUUGGCUGGAAUGUUCCUGCAGUCAGCUGUGUUGUUGUUUGGUGAACCAAUCAGAUUGAGAGUUUGCAGUCUUGCACCAUGAUGUCUAGCCAUGAUUGGACAGGUGGCAAGAACCAAUCACACUGUGACUUUCAGCCCUGCACACCUUCACUGUGAGAUUCAGGAACCGGAUGUCAAAGAAUAUCUUGUGAAGGGAGACAGAUUUACAAAAUGGAAGGAGGACUCCAAAAAAACUUCACCGGUCACCCUGAAGAUGGAUCCAAAAGGAUUUUUCCUUUACUGGACCAAUCAGAGUAAGGAAACUGAAUUUCUGGAUGUUGCGACCAUCAGAGACACAAGAUCAGGAAAAUAUGCCAAACUCCCUAAACACCCAAAAGUCCGCAAUGUCUUCAACAUGGAUUUUCCUGACAGUCAUCAUCUGGCCAAAGUGCUCACCAUCGUCACCGGCACUGACAUGGUCAAUCUCACGUAUCAUAACUUCUUUGCCUCAAAAGAAGUUGCUCAGCAAUGGGCUGAUGACAUCCUCGCUAUUGCAUAUAACACAAUGAGAGCAAACGCCUGCCGACAGGUCUUUCUGGAGAAAGUAUAUGUUCGGCUCACACUGCAGACCAACAAGGAUGGAAAAAUCCCUGUUAAAAAUAUCUUAAAGAUGUUUCCUGCUGAUAAGAAAAGAGUUGAAACAGCGCUGUCAGCAGCCAAUCUACCAAAAGGAAAGUUUGACUCAAUCAAGUUGGAUGUGUUCACCGAGGCGGCGUUUAAAACGUUUCUGAUGCAUCUCUGUCCCAGACCAGAAAUUAAUGAAAUCUUCACAUCCUUCACCAAGGGCAAAGGUUUCAUGACAAAAGAGAUGCUGGCCAAGUUCCUGAAUGAGAAACAGAGAGAUCCCCGUCUCAAUCAGGAGCUGUUUCCACCCGCCAGACCCGAUCAGAUGAAGACUCUCAUUGACAAAUAUGAGCCGAGCUCCUCCAAUGCCAGUCGUGGUCAGAUAUCUCCAGAGGGUUUGAUGUUUUAUUUGAUGGGCAGUGAAACAUCUGUGGUGAAUUUGGACAGACUGGCACAGAGUCACGACAUGUCACAGCCUAUCCCACAUUACUUUGUCAAAUCAUCUCACAACACAUAUCUCACAGCGGGUCAGCUGACCGGCGUCUCAUCUCCUGAGAUGUACCGUCAGUGUCUGCUCGCCGGGUGUCGCUGUCUAGAGCUCGAUUGCUGGAAAGGCAAACCUCCAGAUGAAGAGCCAAUCAUCACCCACGGCUUCACCAUGACAACUGAGAUCCUCUUUAAGGAUGUCAUUGAAGCUAUCGCUGAGAGUGCCUUCAAAACCUCCAAGUACCCAGUCGUCCUUUCGUUUGAGAAUCACGUCGACACAGUAAAGCAACAGGAGAAGAUGGCUCAGCACUGCAGGACUAUAUUUGGAGAUAAGCUGCUCAUAGACCUGCUGGACAAAUAUCCGCUCAAAGUAGGCCAGCAAAUCCCGAGUCCAUCCGAGCUGAUGUGUAAAAUUCUCAUCAAGAAUAAGAAAAGCAGCACGCCUCCGAACAAACAGGACAAUGCAAAGAAAGCUCAAGAGACGACACCAGGAGAAGGAUCUGAGACUCCUGCAGCUGACCCAAACACUCCAGAGACCACUGAUGAGCAGGUUGAAGAACACGAUGACCAUGAUGAACAAGAUGAGGAGAAGAUGAAGAACUCUGAUGAGGGAACGGCCGGUCAGGAGGUCACAGCCUUUGAAGAGAUGUCGGCUUUAGUCAACUACGUUCAGCCCAACAAAUUCAUCUCUUUUGAGAACGCAGCCAAAAAAAACAAGAGUUUUGUCAUCUCUUCAUUUGUGGAAACCAAAGGAGAAAGUUUGAUCGCUAAGAACGCUGUAGACUGGGUUGAAUAUAAUAAGAGACAGAUGAGUCGAAUCUACCCUAAAGGAACCCGUGUGGACUCAUCAAACUACAUGCCUCAACCCUUCUGGACCGCAGGCUGCCAGUUUGUGGCUCUCAACUACCAAACUAUGGAUCUCCCCAUGCAGCUGAACAUGGCUCUGUUUGAGUUCAAUGGGAGGACGGGUUACCUGCUCAAACACGAGAUGCUCCGCAAAAACGACAAGAAGUUCGAUCCCUUCACCGACAGAUUCGACACCAUCAUUGCCUGCACACUCACCAUUAAGAUCUACUCGGGUCAGUUCCUGUCAGAAAAGAACGUGAAAACAGGGGUCGAGGUCGAACUCAUCGGUUUGCCGAAAGACCCCAAGAAAAAGUUUCGUACCAAAUGGUCGGCGACGGCCAACGCCAUCAACCCAGAGUGGAACGAAGAGCCUUUCGUCUUUGAGAAGAUCUUGCUGCAGGAGAUGGCUUACCUCAGAAUCGUGGCUCAGGAGGACAGCGGGAAGUUCAUAGGUCACAGGAUCAUCCCACUGGACGCUCUUCAAACGGGUUUCCAGCACAUAUGUUUACGCACUGAGAGUAAUAUGCCUCUCACACUUCCAUCUCUGUUUGUUCACAUUGAUUUAAAGGAAUAUAUUCCUGCUGCAUUCGCUGAUUUCACUGAUGCACUUUUCAAUCCCGUGAAGACUACCAAGCCUCCCAAAUUAGAGAGUUUAACAUACGUGAGUGAAUAUGAGUUACCGGCCGCUGAAGGAGCUGCGGCCGCUGUGACCGCUGCAGAACCAAAGGCUUCUGAGAGUCCAGAAGAGGGCAGCGCUGAACCUUCAACUGAAGCUCCCAGUGAACCAGCCCCUGAACCAGAACCAGUUCCUGAACCAGAACCUGAACCUGUUCCUGAACCAAAACAAGAACCAGUUCCUGAACCUGAACCAGAACCGGUUCCCGAACCAAAGCCAGAACCUGUUCCCGAACCAGAACCAGUUCCUGAACCAGAACCAGUUCCUGAACCAGAACCAGCUCCUGAACCAGAACCAACCCCUGAACCAAACGCAGAAGAAAAACCAGAAGCAGAACCUGAACCACAACCAGAUGCUGAGGUCGCUGUAGAGCCAGAGACCAAAGAAUCAAGCCCUCCUGAAGAACCUCCUUCUGACCCAUCAGAUCCACCCACCAUCACCUCUGAUGAACUGCAGCAGCACAAGAACUUCCUAAAGGUCGUCAAGAAACAAGAGAAAGAUCUCAAAGACAUGGAGAAAAAAUAUCAGAAGAAACGUGAAGAUGUGUCUCAGAAAUACAGCGAACAGCUCAAAGCUUUGAAGAAGAAGAGCACAGCUAAAAAGUCAGAAGCUUCAGACCCAACUGAGCAGAUCAAUGAGAUCAAGCAGAAUCUUCAGUCUGAUCUCAGAGCUGUGAUGGUCGAACAAUACGACCAGACGAAGACUAAGAAAGAACAACAGAACACUGAGCGUUUGACCAAACUCCUGGAGAUCGCCACAGAGAAACACACAAGUGAACUGAAGGCACUCAACAGUGAGAUGAAGAAGAAAGACAAGGAAAAAAUGAAGAAGAGCAAAAGUACUGAUCAGCUUGACAAUGAUAAGUCAGAUGAGGGUUCACCUCAGGAACAGAGUCUGAAGAGAAGACAGGCCGCUACCCUUGGUAAAAUCAGAGAUCUCAUCAGUCAGCUCAAUAAAGAUGCCGUCUCUGAGCACGCUAAGAAGAUGUGGUCACUGCCCACCGAACUGACCGAGGGUGUAAACUCCUGCGUCAAACCUCAUUACCCCGAUCAUCUGGAGAAGGCCGCAGAAAAAAGUGCAGAAUCUGGAGGACAGUUCAGUCAAGUUUUUGUAGGAUGAAGACCAUAACAUGAGUUUAAGGCCUUUACGUUAAAAGAAAGUAUAGAUUAAUCUUUAACAUAUGUCAUUUAUUUCACACCUGUUGAUUAUUCAGUAUAUACUGUUAGUUUAAUGAAACCCUUUAUUAACAAUCAUUGAUUGAAAACAUAUAUAAAAUGACUAAAGGGUUAAAUUACAGUAUGAAAACUGUCCGAAUCAUAGUUCACUCUAAAUUUAAUAAAACAAACAAACUUGUUUUGCAAAUUUCCCCACAAUUUAAUUAGAAUGGUCCUGAAAAUACAUUAUUAGAUUUUUAACCAUCAUUUUUGUGGUGCAAUAUGAUUUGGACUUUACAUAACAUUCACAUGAAAUGUUAAAUCUAUACAAUAAAUGCACUUUGUAAAAAGACUUUAUUAUAUUUAAUUGGGUUUAUCAUGGUGGAGGUGAUAUAAUCACAAUAUAAACACACGUCAUGCAUUCUCAUGCGGCACAGAUUCUCAGGUACAUUUUAAUGGAUCUGGAUCUCUAAAGCAUUAACCCUUUACUGGUCAAAGACGACUCGUAUAUCAGAUAAAAGAUGACAGAUUUAAACAUGCUCUUAUAAUUAUUUGUAGGUGUUAAGGUUUUAUUUUAUGUAUUCACUUAACUGUUUUACUUUAUGAUAAAAAAACACCAAAAUACCAUAGUUCACUAUUUGUGUAAGUUACUUGAUGUAGUAUUUUUAAAGCCUCUAGUCUAUUAUCUUACUCUCUCUCUGUAAUAUACACAUUGUUACAACACUACAAUAAAACAGCUAAAUCUAAAUACACUGUAAGAAGAGAUCCAAGUGUAAUUUAUUGUAAUUUUACAGUAGCAAUAAUAAGUGUAACUAUAGUAUUUUGGUAGAAAUGUGGUAAUGUUUUGUAAGUAGGCAAUCAGUAAAUUGUA